AUUUUACCAGUGUGAUCAAUAACAAUCAUUACAAAUCUAGCAAGUACAAAAAAAUCUUGAAGAAAGUAAAAGCAUAUCUUGAGUAGAAAAGAAAAGUUGUGAAAGAUUGAAUCCAAAGCUUGAAGAUGGGUUUGGACUACUAUGAGAUUUUGGAGGUUGAAAGAAAUGUAACUGAAGAAGAGUUGAAAAAAGCUUACAAAAAGCUUGCCAUGAAAUGGCACCCUGAUAAGAAUCCCAACAAUAACAAAGAUGCUGAAACUAAAUUCAAACUCAUAUCUGAAGCAUACGAGGUUCUAAGUGAUCCACAGAAGAAAACAAUUUAUGAUCAGUAUGGAGAAAGCGGCCUUAAAAACGGAAUGUCACCGACAGAUGAAGGUUCAGCUUCGUAUUUUCAAACUCGGGAUGGCAGAAGGUUUAGGUUCAAUCCUCGAAGUGCAGAUGGUAUCUUUGCUGAGGUUUUCGGCCAUUCAAGCCCUUUUGGAGGAAUGGGGAUGAGGGGCGGAGGCUGUGGAGGCAUGAGGGGUCGGACGUGGGUGUCAAGGUCUUUCGGUGAUAUGUUCGGCAAAGACGUAUUCGGAGAAAGCAGACAGGCGAGUCAAGCUCCGAGACGCAAGGCACCUCCGAUUGAAAAUAAGUUACCUUGCAGCCUUGAGGAGCUUUAUAAAGGUACUACCAAAAAGAUGAAGAUCUCGAGGGAAAUCACAUACGCAAGCGGUAAAACUCUACCUGUGGAAGAAAUACUAACGAUCGAAAUCCAACCAGGCUGGAAAAAGGGAACGAAAAUCACUUUCCCGGAGAAAGGAAACGAGCAGCCAAAUGUUAUUGCUGCAGAUAUUGUAUUCAUCAUCGAUGAGAAGCCUCACAGCGUCUUUACAAGAGAAGGCAAUGAUUUGGUUGUGACACAAAACAUAUCACUUGCAGAAGGUGAAGCUCUAACCAGCAGCUACACCUUCCAAAUCACUACUUUGGAUGGAAGGGAUCUGACCAUUGCCAUAGACAAUGGAAUUGAUCCAAACUACGAAAAAGUCGUUCACGGCGAAGGGAUGCCGAUUUCCAAAAAUCCUUCACAGAAGGGUAGUCUUAGGAUCAAAUUCAACAUCACAUUCCAAGACAUGGUUGAUGCUGAAACAGAAAGCCAGAAAUAAGAUAUGCUCAUGGUGCUAUAAUAAAGUGUCAACCAUUGUCUGGUGUAUCUUGUGUAUUAUAUAAUAAUAUUUGGUUUU